GUCAUGAAUUUAAUUAAAAAAAAUAAAACUUUAUUCAAAAAAUGCGGUCCCACGUUUUAAUGUCAUUACCAAAACACUAUUUUACCCCAUAGGUGGGGCCUGAUUUUAAGCACACCCCUAAAUUUCAGAGCAGGAAGAGAGGCUGCAUCCCUGUCCCUCUUGGCCACAGGGUAAGAUCCCAUUGCUUUGAAGUAAACGUGUCCCAAAGUCUGAAAAUCAGUGUGGAAAAUUAAGGAUUCUAAAACACGUUUUCUGCAAUUAAGUAAUUUUUUGUGCUUUAAUAAGAAGUAUGAUAAUUUUAUGUGUGUACAUCUGUUCAAAGCUGUGUUUGCUAGUCAUGCACUGGCUAGCAUUUUUGAGUUCCGCUCAAAAUUAGCUGAAAUUGUCACCACCGAAACAGUCAGUUAUGAAACAGUAUUCAUUGUUUUGGUGGAAACAAAAUGGAAUAUUCAGUCUUUUUAAAUAAACAUAAUUAAGUUAUAGGGUCACUCAAAGUAAAAGGAUUUUAGCCUAAUGUCCAAGUCAGUUAAAAUGUUUUAAAAUGCUCAGUAGAACGAACCAUAAAUACAUAUUCUUAUUCUUAUUCUUAUCCUUGUGUCUCCCAAAGAUUUCCCCCCUCCGAGCUUUGGAUCUUUUUCAUUCUUAACAAGAACUUUCUUGUGAUCAAUACAUGAUCAGGCCAUUGUUUUCACCCGUGUGGCAGACACCUGUUAAUUAGUGAAAUACCUCACAGGUUCAGUGCACUAUAAAAACAGCCUGUUGCUUCACAGAGACACAGACAGUCUGUUGGCUGAGCAGCGUCUACAUCUGUAUAGAAAACCAGCUUUUCUCGGUAGAAAAGACUGAGCGACCGUAAUACAGCACCACCUUAUUCACUGAGCCUAAUCUAACAGCAUGAAUCAGUUCCUCAGCAUCUUCCUGCCUCUGCUUCUGAUCUCCUUCGGGUUGCACGUUAGAGGGCAGUCCGCAGGAGGUGGUGCCAACCAGACUCGAAUUGCUGUCAGGGCUACUGUUGGAAAGAUCUAUGUGACAAAUGGGCAGGUCUGGGGCUCGUGGAGCAGUCAGCAGAUGUGUCCCACUGGCACCUACGCGACUGGUUUUAGCCUCAAGGUUCAGUCAUACCAGGGACUCGGACCCGAUGACUCCGCCCUAAACGGAAUUGCCCUUCGCUGCACUCCACCUCGCACGACUACUAGCCCCAUCACCGGCUAUUCAACAAUCAAUUCUGCCACAGGAAGCUUUGGAUCAUGGAUGCCAGAUAGGUGGUGCCCAAGUGGACAACUGGUGGCCUUUCAGCUGAGGGUGCAGGCUUAUCAAGGAAUAUUUUGGGAUGAUACUGCUGCCAACAACAUCAGGUUCAAAUGCACUGACGGUUCAGUGGUGGAGGGUGAUGGUACACCCUGGGGAGAAUGGGGUUCCUGGAGCCAGAACUGUGCUGGAAAAGGAAUCUGUGGCAUUUAUACUAGCGUGGAACCAUUUGGAUGGUCUUGGGACUACACCGCUCUUAAUGAUGUCCAGUUCUUCUGCUGUGAUUAAGGAUGAACUACUGACAUGAAGUGAAGAGCAGCACUCUCUCUCUCUCUCUCUCUCUUUAUUGCAUGAUCAAUUUAGCUACCAUCCUCCUUUUUUUUAAAUCAGUAUCCUAAAUACAUUAAUCACUAUAUUGCAUUAUCUUUGAAAUUUUAUGUUCAAAAGACUUCAGGUAUACUUACUGAUGAUUUUAUUUCUCUCUGUCAAAAACAUCUUAAUACAUAUCAAAAUAAAAUAAGCUUAUUUGUCUUA